UUUAGCCUAUUCAGCUGUUUGCUUCCUCAUUCGAGUUCAUUCAACCAGUCUAGAGAAAAUGACAAGAAACCACGAAAUUCCUCGUCUAAACUUACGGUGCAUUACCCAGACUCAACAGGUAUAAAAGAAACAAUUCAAUAUGGCCACAAAACAAGUAGUCACAGAAAAUGAAGAGGAAGCCAUUGGUGCCCAAAAUGAGUUGGCCUUGCAUCUGGAUGAUGGACUUAAGGAGGAAGAGUUUGUUAAGUUGAAGAAUCUGUUUAUAGGUUGUCCUUUUACUUCAAGACAACAUGAGAAUAUUAAAACUAUGGCAGAUCUAUUUCAACAACUUGAGAACGAUAAGAAGAUAUCUGUGGGAAACUACAAGUUUUUUGCAGUAAAAUUGGAAAAAAUUCAUCCUAGGCUGGCUACUGAAGUGCAAGAAAUGGAGAAACAAAUUCAAGAUAUCCUGAAUGGAGGUAAUCCCUCUGUCAUGGAUGUCCCAGCAGCCAGCACAAGUCCCGCCCAAGAAAUCCAUGCUGAUCUACUGCCUUUGAUAAAAGAAACAAAAGAUAUGAUCAAAGAAGAAAUAGAAAAGAAAAAGAAAAAAUUCCUGGAGACCAAAGCUUUCCUCGAUGCUAAAGACAAGCUCCAAAAGAACAGAGUUCUAGUCAUCAAGGGAAACACAGGCGAUGGCAAAACUUCUACCGCCAUUCAACUCCUUCAUUGGCUGAUAGAGGAGCAGCAAUGCAGAGAACCCCGUCAGCUUUUUGACAUUAAGGAUUUUGAAUUGAUGACUUCUAAUUCUAAUCUUGUCACUUUUAUUGAUGAUAUUUUUGGUGAGGAAGAUGUAGGUAGAAAUGAUGUACAAGAGUGGAACAAAAGGCUCAAACAUGUACAAAGACUUUUUGUUGGUGAACAAAUCCAGGCCAAUUUUCUCCUCAUUACAAUUCGUAAUGAAAUAUUUAAUGCUUUGGGAAAGAGUUCUUUGGGAGAAAUUUUCAUUCCAGAUUACAUCAUUGAUCUGAGCUCAGGUGAGUACAGAAUUGCAGAUGAAAAAAGGGAACUUUUAGAGAGGUAUAGGCCAGGCAAUUUCUCAUGGACAGAGCAAGAAAUAGAAAACAUUCUAUCUUAUGCCCCAUAUAUUGGAUUCCCAAAAUGUUGUGAGCUUUUCUGCGAGUCUAAUGAUCAUGAGUUGCAGAAAACACGAAGUGAUUUCUUUAUGAAGCCUGUCAAAUUUUUGAAAGAAGCAUUUUCAAGGUUACCAGAAUGUUCUGCCAUUUUGUUUCUGUUCCUCAAUGGCGGGGAGAUAAAGGUAAAAGAUCUAGACCCAAAUGGUGAUAAAGUAAACAAAACAUUGUUAGAGGAAGCUUUUGAUAUUAAUUUGGUUGAUUGUGAAGUUGACAGAACCUCAAUGACAUUUAAGAAAAAGGUAGGAUUUGUGAAAGAAAGUUUUGAAAGAUUACUAGGAUUUUUGGUAAGGAAGGAGAAACAUCGAUUGUCUGGUGAUGAAAUGUACAGAUUUGAUCAUUCUUCUAUAUAUUUCACAGUAGCCCUUUUGUAUGGAGACAAAACACCAGUUGGUUACAUACAGAAUUGUCCCAGAAAUUUCCUUCGUUAUAUAACAACCUCAAAAACAUUUGAAAAUAUGGUUGUCAUAUCAUCUGAUGAUUAUACAGACAUGUGUAAACGUCUGCUCCAAGAGUUUCAGUGUGAGGUGCCAGAGGUGAUACCUUUUAAUGACAUAAAAGAUUCAUCCACCUGGAUAGACAAUUUUGUUAAGAGAUAUGAUUUUGAAAAAAUAAGUAUUAGUAUUGGCUCUCUAGAUGUAUGGAAAGAUCCUGUCUUUCUUGAGGAAUUUUUCGAGUUGUUAAAUGAGAGAGAAGUUAAUAAACUUGAGGUGCUCAAUAAAGCAUGUUACUUCUGUGCUGAAGAAUGUGCUUUAUAUCUUCUGCGUAAGGGAGUCCAACCUGACAAGGACACACGAUGGUGGUCAUUGAUUACAAGAGGUGGUCAUGGUAAGGGAGAUGCGCAUGUACUAAUGAAAGUUGUGAAAUACUUGAAUGAUGAGAUAAAACUUAACUUGCUAAAUGAAGCAUGUCGUUUUAGUUCAGAAGAAUGUGUUUUAUGUCUUCUGUGUGAGGUAGACAAACCAGACAAGAACAUUCUGUUAGAUGUUGUGAAGGGUGGAAGUGUAAUCCUGUUUUACAAACUACAAAAUUAUGACGUCUCUCUAACAGUCAGGGAUAAUGACAAUAACAAUUUCCUACAUGUGGCGUGUCAGUAUAACAGAGUAGAAAUGGUGUCAAUGCUGUGUGAAAAGUAUCCAGACUUGGUACAUGACACUAAUCAUGCAGGACAAACCCCACUUUAUUUAGCAGCAGGGAAAGGAAACUGUUCUAUAUUCAAGUUAGUGGAGAGAACUGUACUGAACUCUUUGUAUAGAGAUGAGGAUGAACAACACAAGUGUAAGACAGAAGAUGUGGUUCAUAGGAGUUGUGCGUGUAGUAAGUACAUGUCUCAGUUAGUGAAUAACUAUGGCUGGGAGAUAGAUGAUAAUAGGGUUGAUAAGUAUGGCUGGGAGAUAGAUGAUAAUAGGGUUGAUAAGUAUGGCUGGGGGAAAGAUGAUUAUAGGGUUCCAAUUAGAGAUCCUCACAUACCGUUAUAUGGAAAUGGAAAGGCGUGGACAAUAUUACAUGAGAGUUGUGCGGGAGGUAGCAAGAAGCUUUUAGUUUAUUUGUGUGAGAAAUACCCAGCACUGACCACAGUUGUAGAUAGCUACGGGCGGACAGUGUUACAUGUGAGUUGUAUGUUUGAACACAGGGAGAUGUGUGUUUAUCUGUGCGAGUCAGUCCCACAAUUAAUCAGAGAGUUAGAUAACAAGGGCCGUCACUGCCUGCAUUAUAUAGCCAUGUAUACUUCAGAUGUAGAUUUGUUCACCGAGUGUGAAACUCGUGUGAAACAAUACAUGGAGUCAUUAAAACUGAAGUAUGACAUCAGAACCAUAUGGACAUGGGAGGGCCGAUCCGUUUUAGACUUGGCAAAGGAAAUGACAGAGAAAAGGGAAAGAGAGUUGAAAAAACAGACAUUAGAGUCGGGGGAUCACUACGAAUAUAACAACCCAUUGUAUGAUCAUCUUGAUAAUGUGUUUAGUGAAUAAAAACGCUAUUAUUUGCCCUGGUAAACACAUAAAUAAUCAAUACAGGCCAUUUAAAACAAUCGUUUACAAAUCCUGAGUGAUAAUGAACUGCCAACAUUCUAACAGGUUAACAUGUUAAAUAUGUACUUACCCCAAUGUAAAUACACUUUGAUGCAGUUUCAAAAAAUAAAAAACAAUCUUUAUAUUCAUGCUUGAUCACUAUGACAUUAAAAAAAAAAUGUGAAAAAAAUCGCAUUAUACACUUCGUUGGAACAACGGUCAGCUAAAUAGAACAGCCAAAUUAAUCAGAAAACACUUGGGCCUACUUCAAACGCCAUUUAUUUACUAUAGACAGGCCAGGCCUUCUAAUGUGAUUACAUAAUUAUAAUAAAUAAAUAAUAAUGUAUACAAACAGCAACCAAUCAUUGCCAUGCUUUCAAAGGGUGAUACAUGUGCAAACAAAGUAUAAUUACAGACCUGCCAACUACUACUAUUUUAUAGUAAUCUUUACUAUUUUGUGGUGGUCGUUACUCUUUUUUCUCUCGAAAUAGUAGCAAAUUACUCUUUUUGAUGCAAUAGAUUUGGCAAGAAUUGUUAAGAAUUACUCUUUUUUUGCU